AUGCUCUUGCGUGCGGCACCGCUGCCGCGCGGCGCAAUUCCUGCGCCGGGAAGCGACGCAUGGGACUCGUUCAUGGAAAGUGUAGUCCGCGAAGGAUUUGCUCAUGUGCGCUGCGGAAAAAAUGCGGCUACAAAACUGCGCCGGAGCCAAGGUAUCGCGCUUCGUACGGGAAGCUACGACGCGCCGCACAAGGAUGAAAACACGCGUUUGCAGAGCGCACGUUGGCAUGCGCGCGACUCGGUGCACCAUAUGGAGCAGCUGGAGUACAGUGAUUUCGAACAGGGGCUGCUUAAGGACCACUCGCUGCACGAGCAGCAGUACAUCAAGUCGCUCAAGCACGCCGCGUGCGUCGAAACGCUCGUGCCGGACAUUGCCGCAAUAUGGCACCUCCAGUACGCGCUGCCCUUUUUGACCGCGGACCGUGACUUUGUAGAGCUUGUUGUAACGCUGCCGCUGCCGCCAUCGGAAGCGGCCUUCUCGACUGAGCACGAAGAAACGACCGUGGAAGCAAGGCCGUGGGCGCCUGGGGCCGAAGCGACCGAAGCGACCGAAGCGGCGCCUACUGCGCACCAUGUCCCAUCGUUCAUGGUGGUAAGCAUUCCUGUAGAGAUGGAAGCGUCUGUCGGGUACUUGCGCGCGUACUAUACAAGCGUAGAAGGCGUUUUGAAAGCACCGCGCCUGCCUGGCGCACAGGAUCGCGGCGUUGCGUGGAGGUAG